UCCUAGGCAUAAAGUUGAAGAGGUUACUUUUUUGUUUUGAUCUGCAGUUCGUCUAGUAAACUAAUUGUGCAACUUAUAAUAAUUAUUAUUUUAAAAUAAUUAUAACUUUUAUAAAGACAUAAUGGCUCCAGAUAGUAAAAAACAACACGUACAAGAGUUUAAACUAGACGUAGACAGUGAAUUGCGCUUUGAAGUAGAAACAAAACUCGAAAAAGUCUAUUUAACCUUAAAAUCAGGCACUGCUGAGGUCUUCGGAACAGAAUUAGUGAAAGGAAAACCGUGCGAAUUUUCAGCGGGUGCGAAAAUAGCUGUUUUCACAUUCCAAGGAUGCACAUUAGAGCUGAGAGGCAAGACUGAUGUCAGCUACAUUGCCAAAGAAACCCCAAUGGUUAUGUAUGCAAACUGUCAUGCUGCCUUAGAUAAUUUGAGGGUAAAAGCAGAAAGAGACAAUAAACCAGGUCCUAUUUGUAUGCUGGUUGGGCCAACAGAUGUAGGCAAAUCAACACUUGCAAGAAUACUCUUAAAUUAUGCAGUCAGAGUUGGCAGAAGGCCUAUUUAUGUAGAUUUAGAUGUUGGGCAAGGAGCUAUCUCAGUACCUGGAACACUGGGUGCACUUUUGGUUGAAAGACCUGCACAUACUGAUGAAGGAUUCUCAGAGGAAGCUCCUUUAGUGUAUCACUAUGGGCAUAUAUCACCCAGUGCUAACACAUCUCUUUUUAAAUUAUUACUUACACAACUUGGAAAUGUUGUACAAGAAAGAAUGAAUGCCAAUAAGAGAACUAAAAUGUCUGGCUGUAUAAUCAACACAUGUGGAUGGAUAAAAGAUACAGGCUACAAACUGCUUCUUCAUGCAGCUAGAUCACUCAGUGUUGAUGUUAUUUUAGUGUUGGAUCAAGAACGACUUUAUAACGAACUUGUACGCGAUGUUCCGAAGUUUGUUAGAGUUGUGUUCCUCCCCAAAAGUGGCGGGGUCGUAGAAAGAUCUAAAAGUUUGCGCAGUGCGUAUCGCGACCAAAGAAUUCGAGAAUACUUCUAUGGAACCCCCAAAAAUCCCUUAUAUCCUCAUUCGUUUGAUUUGAAAUUCGCGGAUAUUCACAUUUUUAAAAUAGGCGCGCCUGCAUUACCGGAUUCAUGUCUACCGCUUGGAAUGAAAGCGCAGGAUCAUUUAACUAAACUUGUUUCACUAACGCCAAAUUCUCUCAUGUUGCACCAUUUGUUGGCUGUUAGUUUUGGUGAGAAAGAUGAUGAUGAUAUGAUAAAACAUCAUUGCCAUGGAUUUGUUUGCAUAACUAAUGUUGAUAUGGAACGACAAACUUUUACGGUGUUAUCCCCACAACCGAAACCUUUACCAAGUAACUACCUUUUAUUAUCUGAUGUACAAUUCAUGGAUAGUCAUUGAUUGUAUUGUAAUUUUAAGUUUGAUAAUCCGAAUAAAGAAAACUCAUUUGCUA